GGGCAACUGAGCCUACGCGCGAAAUGAAUUACUGGACGUAAACAUUCAGUGCUUUCAAGGUAUGCAGUUACGUCAGAAAGGUGGGCGCCACCGGUUACGACGAAGAUCAGCAGAAAAGACAACAAAAUCAACCACGAAGAUGCACAUUGCACAGAGUGAUCUGGCAAGCACAGGGGAUGUGAUGGUAUACGAAGAGCCAUGUAAGAAGACCAAAAAGGAUGCCAGUUGCGGUGUUAGUGUGGGGUGUGGCGUGAACAUGGACAUUGGGGGUCAGGAAAACAAUAUAACCAAGGAUCCCCAUUACCCUGUCACCAAUUCCGACUUCAUUACACAGGCUGCCCAAAUAACCAAAGGACAUCAUAAGAGACCAUUCACCCAAGUUAAAGACAACAAGCUGCAUGUAGAUGACAGUGGGUGUGUCCCAUUGUACCAGUGUAAUAGCUGUCUUUUCUCCUCGCCUGUAUUUCACACACACGACUGUGAUAAAUAUGAAGACUGUUCUGAAGAUGGUGUCAACAACAACAGCAGCCAUGCAACAGAUACUGACUCUGAUGGGAACUCGUCAGCGAAGGAAAACCACUUGACUGACCUGUCCCUUCACAACACACAAGUGACCCUUCAGCCUAUCACCAUGGAGACACCACAUGAUGUUGAAAACAACAACAACUCCAUGUACAAGCUUGACCCGUGUGUGAUGGAAGUCGACCCCACUUUUCCUGUGCCGGAGGAGGAGGAGGAGAUUUCUGAGGAAAGUUAUGAAGAAGGGGACUGGGAAACUGAAGCCUUUGAUCCAUAUGCAUUUAUCAAGACACUGCCUCCGUUGACUGACGAGUUACGAGCCAGAUUGCCGGCACUGCCACUGAAAACUAGGAGCUCACCUGAAUUCUCCCUGGUACUCGACCUGGAUGAGACGCUGGUUCAUUGUAGCCUGACUGAACUUGAAGAUGCCUCGUUCACCUUCCCUGUGCUGUUUCAAGAAGUCACAUACCAGGUGUUUGUGCGGACACGGCCAUUUUUCCGGGAGUUUCUCGAGCGUGUCUCCCAAAUAUUUGAGGUGAUCCUCUUCACUGCCUCGAAGAAAGUGUACGCAGACAAACUACUGAACCUCUUGGAUCCUCAGAAGAAACUAAUCAAGCAUAGGCUGUUCCGGGAACACUGUGUGUGCAUGAACGGUAACUACAUCAAGGAUCUGAGUAUUUUAGGACGAGAUCUCAGCCGGACCAUUAUCAUUGAUAACUCACCACAGGCAUUUGGAUAUCAGCUUCACAACGGGAUCCCAAUUGAGAGCUGGUUCAUGGAUAAGAGUGACCGAGAGCUGAUAAAGAUGCUGCCAUUUCUGGAAAGCCUUGUCUCAAUGAAUGAAGAUGUACGACCGCAUAUUAGAGACAAAUACAAGCUGCAUCUAUUACUGCCCCCUUAAACAGGUCCCAGUGACCUGUUUACCUAGUUUUCUGUGACCUCUGGACCUAGCUAUCAUGACCUUGUGACUUACAUCUUGUGACCAUCAAACUUCAUAAACUAUGGACUUGCCUGUUGAUCACAACCCAAGGUGGAAGAAAAAUUCUUCAUGUUUCUCCAGAUGAAAUAUUUUAUAAUAUUCCGUUCAAGAAAAAGAUUAAGAUAUUAGAAAAAAAGAUCAAUUAUUUAGAAAAAGAAAUUGCCAUACAGUAUACUUCCUUUGUGUAAGACAGAAUUGUUCAACAAAAUAAUAUGUACAAUGGCAAAAGGAAGUAACUUCUAGUACAAAAGUGAAAUAAUGUACACAUACAUGUUGUUGUUAACUGAUAACACAUAAUGUUGUUAACUGAUAACACAUAUAUUGUUGUUAACUGAUAACACAUAUAUUGUUGUUAACUGAUAACGCAUGCAUUGUUGUUAACUUAUAACACAUAUAUAUGUGUUAACUGAUUGGUCUAAGCUGAUAACACAGAUAUUGUUGUUAACUGAUAACAAAUAUGUUGUCAUCAACUAAUAACACAUAUAUUGUUUUUGUUUACUGAUAAAACCUGUGCCUGCUAUUUGAUUAUGAUUGUUUCAUUUUGAAAUAAGAAAGCAAUACCAUAUUAUGUAACUUGACCCAUGUUUGUAAAUAUUUUUCUCUGAUGAAUUUGGAUUGUUCAUUGAUUUUUAUUUGUUGUAUGAUAUGUUAAUAUUAGUGGAGGAUCACAUAUUACCUUUGUGUUGGGCAGCAAGAUUUUACAUUUUUUUAUCGAUUAAAAUGUGUGAAUUUGACAAUUUUUCUGUCAACGGCCACCAAAAUCAUUAUUGUUACCUUUGAAGAAUUGUAAGUUCAAAGUUAAACCAAAUUAUCUUAUCAUUAUGACAUUAUUUCAAUUAAUCAUUUGACUGCAUUGAAGGCAUUCAUGAUUGUAACGAUGCGUACCUGAAAUUGAUAAAAAGUAAAAUGUUGUUAAAUGUUUGGUGCAUAUGUUUUUGUUGAAUUCAUUUUAUAAGAACACGCAAAAAGGACUUGCUGAAAAGUGUUAUUUCUUUCUUUGCAUGACUUUUAUAAAUGAUGUUUUCAUUCAACAUGUAUUUUUUUACAAUAGAUGUUUGAUUUAUUUCUGUUUUGAAUGCAUUAUAUGAUGUUGUAGAUAAAAAAUGUAGUGUGAAUGAUCUCAACCUUGUGUAAAACGUAUGUUAUAAAUAUGAAAAAGAGUAUAUUUUUAAUGUAUUUGCAUGUGGAUGUGGAAAAACGUGUUAUUUGUUAAAAUCAAAUGUUGUUACAUUAAUAAGGUUUAAUAAUAUGUAUUUGAUGAUUUUUAUGCAUUUUAUUUGUAGAUGAUUAGAAUUUUAAUUUUUAUAUAGUUCAUUAUAAAUUUGUGUCAAAUAUAGCCUUAGAGCAGGAACUCAAUAAACAUACUUAUUAUAUACCCUUCAUAAAGCCACACGCUUUACAUAACACAAAAUUACGAUAGCCCAUAUUCCACUGCAGUGCAAUAUGGUCGUUUUCCACUCUGUUGAAGUCACAUCAUUAUCCUUUCAUUGCGCAAUGUUAAAAUGACGUCGUCAAGCAAAAUAGUGCUGAUAUUUAUCAUAAAAAGUUGUGUCUCUAAGCGAUUUAACAAGUAAUGUAUAUAAUAAAAGGGUUAUUUGUUCUGUGUUUUGAUCCGUAGUAUUGUAAACGUCUUUCGUGGAUUUUUAUUUAACGCGUAAUCGACUGUUUCGGAUUGUUUGUAGAUUUUGAUAUUGCUCGGCUUUCGCCUUGUGUAACCUGAAUCUGCAGAAAUCCACUUGAAUCGAAUACAACCUCCUAGAUCAAAACGCAGUACUAAUAACCCGAUUUAUAGUAGAAAAUAUUGAGUUCUUGCACUAAGGUUACCAAAUAAAGAAAUGUGCUGCUCAGGGCUUCUGUUGAGGAAAGGAAGGUGGAAGUAUAUUAUUCCCUCCAAUAUUGAGUUUUAGGAAGUACCAGUUAUAAAAAACUUCUGAUAAAACUUCCAGAUGUUAAAGGUUGGAAGUUUGAUAUAUCAACUCCUUGUGUUAAUGUAACAUUAAUUGCCACAUUUUUAAUAAGUUUAGAAUUAAAUUAGAAGUUUGAAUACACUUUUGUGGAAGAAUUAAAUUAGAAGUUUGAAUACACUUUUGUGGAAUUCGCAAGUUUCAGACGCAAACUAUUUCAUAUUUUGUCAGAAUUGCAAAUUAUUUCACAUUUUGUCAGAAUUGCAAAUAUCUUCACAUUUUGUCAGAAAGGCAAAUUAUUUCACAUUUUGUCAGAAUUGUUUGAUAAUAAAAAAAGUGAUGGCAAGGAAGUUCAAACUUCCACUUUUAAAUUCCUAAUGGAAGCUCUGGUUACUUUUGGAUGAAAUGUAUCACGCAGGCCUUUCACAAAUGGACACGUUAAGACAGGAGUUAAUUCCGUGUUGCGCUUAGCUCUCAAUGUUUUGUUUAUGUCUUGUAUUAUUAUGUAUAUUUUUUGAAUGUUAAAUAUGAUGGCAAAACCCCCCAAACCAUAACCAUUUUCGAAUAGGGCAUAUCUACUUAAUUUGUUGUUCCUUGUACCCGAUUUCUCGAUCAUCUUAAGCAUAACAAGCAUAAAUCUCUUUUUUUAAUAAGCCAAAUUACCUACUAAAACUUCAUUGUACAAAAUAUUUGUUUAUCCUGAUCUCCAAGGUGAUUUCAUUUAAGAAUCUAAAAAAUGAGAAUUUUACGCAAAUAUUACCAAAACCACAGCAAUUGAGCUUAGCUUCAUCUUGUUAUGACAGACUUAAGAUCGUUUGAGAAACUGGGCCAAAAAGGAAUUAUAACAUUUCCUUGAUUAAAAACUGUUGUUCCUGAUAUAUUUAAGGUGCAGAUGAAAGUCAUGUUAACAAGUUUAUAUUUUGAGUACUGGUAUUCAUUUGAUUGGUUUUCGUGCAAAAAGUAGAUAUUAAGGUACGUAAUUUAUUUAAUACACACUUUUUUAAGAGUUAUUGAAAUAUACCCAUUCCUUACUAGGCAUAGCGUUUACACACAUGUUUCCGCCUAUCUGAUCGCUUGGCUGAUUCUGCUUUUAUCAUUUAAUAAGCCCCUGACUAAAAUGACUACCCAAGUUCAAUUUAGUCAUUACUUGGUUUAUUAAGUGGAUUAUUUAGUGGUUCGUUAAUGCGGCUGGUUAAAGAAAUAGGCAGUGGCGCCAACUCUAAGAUAGUUAUUACAUGCCAAUUUAAUUGCUUAGUAAAUUAUUUAAUUGCUUAGUAAAUUAAUAUUACUAAGUACAUUUACAUGUUAUAGAAAUUCUGAAUGUACCAAGGUCAAUGCAAAUAAUGUGUUUCAGAAAUUAUUAAGCAUUUAUAUCAUAUUGCCAAUGGGAUACUUGAAUUAGGAAAGUGACUUAAGUUCAGAAACAAUUUAGGAUUUUUUAUGAAUACCAGUUCAGAGUUUUUGACCAAUCAAGAGAAACUCUAAAUACAUCAUUAAUUUAAGUUGAAGCUUUGUAUCUGUGUAGGUCUUCUUCAGAGUUCUUGACCUGUAUUUACUAACAUCUUGAAACUCAGGCUCAGAAAACCAAAUUUUACUUCUGAUGAAAAAAUGCUAUGACUCGAACCUUUUGUUAAAAGUUGCUGUAUUAUUGAUAUAUUAAGAUGUUUUUCUGAACCGGAGUUUCAAACACAAACGUCGGUGAAUAUUAUAGCCCAGCUUCCUUUUGUCUUUGUUAAAGUUCAAGGUCAUGUGAUUAUCGUUAAUUUAUUCUUUAAUGGCAGCGUUCAAACUAAACACCAAAUUAUUUUUCUUUUACAUGUAUCAAGUUAAGUAUUUUAUGUCUCAUUUUUCACUUCCAUGCUUGCAUUGGUGCCAUAUUUUAUAUCUUCCUUUUAAAAACAUUUUUUGUUUUUAAAAGACUUUAUUUACUAUGCAUUGUUUUUUUUUCUGCUUUUAUCGUUUCUGUGUUUAGAAUUUUGUCUUAAUAUAGUAAAUUUUAUCUGAAAGGGCCAUCAUGUUUUUUUGUUUCAAUGGUUGUGUGUUCAAAUAUGGACCAUAGAAUGAUGAAAUUAAUCGCAAUUUAUGAAAAAGUUUGUUUGGUCCUACCCCACUGACUGACAAAAACACCGGUUUCCAGAAUGUUUUUUAGCGUCUUUAGUGGUUAUGUUUUUAUUUUUGUCAGAAUUAAGAAGUAAGGAAGUAAAAAAAAAUGAAGCGCGUUUCCUACAACUGCUCUCGUUGUACAAGUUGUCAGUUUGUUCCAGAGUCACCCGCGACCCCCGUCAGGAGCCACUUUAUAUUUGGCUGCCACUUUAUACUUGUUGGCUGCCAGUUUUUUUACCAUAAUUUCAAAUAAAUUUUGCCUUAAAAGAACUGUAAAUAUCCUUAAUAUCCUUGAAAUUAUUUUUUCUAAAUAUGGCAGACCAUGGGUGCAGCCAUUCUGUUUUCCGUUACAUUUAAGAAGGAAAACAUCUUCCAUUUACUUCAUAUUGUUUAUUAGUCCUUAUUCUGCUUGUUUUAGCUCAUAUUCAAUUUUUCAUGAAGGAUUUUAUUUUUUAACAAAGUUAUUUCUUGUGUACUGUUUUUGUUUCGAAAGGUGAAGGGAAAAAUCUAAAAAAAAUCCAUCGAGUUUCAUGUAUAAUUAGUGAUGUUCCGAUGAUCGAUUAUAAUCGAAAAUCGAUUGGUUGGGCCUGAAAUCGGCGACAAUCGAUUGUAUUUGGUUAUAAUCGAUCAGCAAAAAAAAAUUGAAAAUAAUAUAAGUAAGUGUUCAGACGUUAUCUUAAACAAAAUGGUAGAUGAAAGCCACAAUGAGCAAGUAAAAAUGAACUAUUUUUGAUAUAACACUUAAUUACUUCAAUCAUAGACAUAACGUAUAUGCAUAUAAUGAUUAUGAGUUUAAUAAUGUGCAUGAAUAAAACUUCACUUUAGGUUUUAUCUAGUAUGUUAAAAAACCGAUUGUACUAUCGAUAAUCGGUUACUUGAGUGGAACCGAUUAUCGAUUGUAAAAUUGGAACCGAUUCCCAACACUAUGUAUAAUGCAAUAUUGUUACCGUCAAGAUUAUUUUAUAGGGACAAAUGUAAAACGGUAUUGAAUUGAAAUGUCAAUAUUUCCAAAUAUGCAAAGAAAGUGCUAAUCAUAUCUGUUAAAAAACCCCAUUUCAAAUCAUGUUUACCGUAUAUUUUUCUACAUAUUAUUUUUGUUUGUUUGUGUACCUUAGGUCCGAUUAUUACCACAGAAUGUUAAUAAAUCUACAAUAUAAAGGGAUGAGAAAUGAUAAUAUGUUGUUGCAAAAUUAUCUUUUACACAUCGUUUUGCUGUAAGUACACUUCAAUUGAGAUAUGGAAAACGAAUCAAUUCUAAGUGACAUUAUUAAAAAACGAGUCGAAUAGAACCUCAUUUCUUAUCCUCGAUGUGUUAUAUGAGUUUAUGCUACUUUUUGCCAUGCUGUUAUAAAGUCACUAUUUAAACUUCAGCCAAUCGUAUAAAACUGGUGAACCCCUUUUUUGCCUCGACAUAUUCAGUAUUCAACAUAACCCACUUGUCCGAAGCCCAGGGACAUGUAUAAUUGCUGAAGGGCAAGUUAAAAGUUCAGUCAGCUUGUCCAAAGUGGGCAAGUGAUAUUAAGUGUAUGUCUUGUUUUUUAAGGACCAUAAUUACUAUCAGUUCUUAAUCAUCAUCAUCAUCAUCAUCAUCAUCAUCAUCAUCAUCAUCAUCUCCAUUAUGAUGAUCAUCAUCUACACAUCAUCAUCAUCAUCAUCAUCAUCAUCAUCAACACCACCACCACCACCAUCAUCAUCAUCAUAAUUCCAUCAUCAUCAACAGCAUAUUCAUAGCAUCGUCAUCAUCUGCAAAACCAGCAAUGUUUCAGCAGGGAUUUAUGUGAAAACUAAUUAAGUGCAAUUGAAAUUCAUUUUUUUCCAUAAAUAAUAUAUCAGUUCAUAAUUUUCAUAUGUCAAUUUGUAAUUUUUAUAUUUCUGAUGUCAAUUCAUUAAUUUCACAUAUCAAUUAUAAAUUCUCAUAAAUCAGUUCAACAAUUUUAUAUGUCUUCUGUCAAUUCAUACAUUUUCAUAUACAUGUAUCAAUUUAAAUUUCAUGAUAUUGAUAUGAAAUGUCAUUUAAAUUUUUCACGAGUCAUUCUAAAAAUACCUAACAACUUAAUUUUUCAGAUCUUUAGUUUUGCAUUUUAGAAUGAUUUAACAAAGUAAUUAGUAAGCAUAUUAUUGUGUUUCCGUAGUAUUAUAUCAUGUGUCCGCAUCAACAUAUAAUCAUGAUUACGUACCAUUAUAGGUUUUCCUAAUGUUGUUUUUCAUACCAUUUCACAUUUCAUAGAAAACGUUGGACAUCUACCAUACUGUUUAUACAUGGAUAUUUAUGUGUGUUAAGUGCUUACCUAUUGACUCAAGCACUUCUAUUUUGAUGUCCAGUUUGGAUACAUUUACAAUUAUAAGACAUUAAAAUGGCAAUACACUAGCUAUCACAGAUUUCGACUGAAAUCGAAGGAAUUUUAAAAAGAGUUUUAGAGUUUAUUUCAUAUACAUUGGCAAUAUACUCAUGCGUACACAAGCUAUAAAUGUAUGUGGGAUUUCAUAGUCAAUGGUCAAAAGUUAUACUCUUCUUCCAGCACAUUUACAUUUACUUUCUGUAUAUGCAAUUGAUACUGGCUUAUAAAAGAUUUUUUUUCUUUUUAAACGUUCAAUGGCAGCUAACAUUUAUUAUUUACUUGUAAGUCAUUUAUUGAAUGCAACAUUGAAAUUAAUUCAUGUGCUGUAUGUCUACCGGUUUAUGCCAUAUCAAAUUGAUUGAUUGAAAAUGCGAUUUAAAAUGCUCUUUUUUGUUGAAAACCAUCAUAGUAACGCUAUUUAAAUUUGAACAAAGUUAAAAUCAAUUUCACAAAAUCAUGUUUAAAUGAGUGUCUGCCAGUUGCCUUUUGGUGUUUGUUAAAAUAGAUUAGUAAAAUUAAACACUUUUAACGAACUUUUAAAAAAGCCAAUAUAUAUAUUCUGUGAACGAGUUCUUGCAACAGACGCAGCCAUUUGUUACUUGACAAGUUUAUAUUUUGGUUAGUUUGUACACUGAAAUGAUAUGAUUGGUUGAUAGUUUUUUAUUGGAUUCAUUUUGACCAAUCAAUGAAUGGUUUUGCUUACUUUGACCAAACAAAAGAAAUUAUUCAAAACUAUCAGCCAAACAUUUAACAUAGUGGCUAACUUAACCAAACCUAAUACAGUAUUGGAAUAAUAUUGGUAUAUCAAUAAAUAGUUUGGCUAUAUUUAACCAAACCAAAGUAUUAAACAGUUUAAUACGAUUGGCUGCAUAUUUACCAUUAAAUGAGUGAAUUAACAGGGCAAAAAGUAGCAUUUUGUAUGUAUGCAUGGUCAUCACUAUAAGUUAUGCUAUGUUAAAAGUACGGAGUAAAGUUUAAUACACUUAAAUGUUCAGGAUCAGGAUUAAGAGCUUUUCAUAUUAUUGUACAUCCGUAAAGCUUUGGAAACAAUUUCAGAAGGGGUCAAAGCCCCUUGACCCUGCUUUUGGCAUGAAUCCCUCAUACACAAUCCGACCCCCGGCUAUUUUUCAGGAUAGAAAUAUCUCAGCUGUUGGAACCCUUUAUGUGGAUGUUUCAUCAUAUGCAUAUACAAAUUGAAAGUAUGCCUUUUCAUAGUAAAGCAACCAAAAGCAUAUGUUAUAUUUCGAUAUAUAUAAUAUAUAACGAGUACAAUAGUAUGAAGUUUUCAAAAUUAAAUGGCCUUAAUUUUCUUGUUAUUUUCGUAACUAAUAAAAAUUGUAUUCAGUGAUUGUGUUGUAAACGACAAGGCUAAAAACCUGUGCAUACGUCUGCAAUUUAUAUUGUAAAUAUUUGUUAUGUGUACAUACUGUAUAGUUUUAUUGAAACAUCAUUAUGCAUUUGUAUGCGGAUUAUUGUUUCAUUCACCGACACAACUUUGUUUGAGAGGUUAGUUUUAGUUUGUGAUUUUUUAAACAUUGCUGUAAGUUUGCAAAUGUUCUGUUUUUUGCUUCUGUUGGCAAUUAGUUGACGAACAGAGGUAGGUCUUAAAGUUAAUUUUACAUAGAUUUACAUAGAUUCUUAAAAAGAUUGUGCAACCAAAAAUGAGAGGGUACGGACACUUCCAGAAAAGUUAAACUAAAGCCCUACAAAUUGUGAGCCAUUUACGGUAGUUUUUAACAUGUGGAACGGUAUUUAGUGCAGUAGUUUGAUCCAUGCCUUCUAAAGGAAAUUUAAAAAGUAAACAUUUUGGCACAGUUUGCCAAAAUGUAUAUUUAAACGUAUUUUUAAUACUCUUAAAUUGUUGAAUACGUUCAUUAUUUAUUGAAAUUGAAUUGAAACUUACGAAAACCAGACCACUUUUAAACAUACCAAUCUUCUUGUAUGUAUUUUUUUUUUCAAAAGUGACUUGUAAAUAUACUUGUAGAUUUCAUUGUAAUUAACAUUAUGUGUAGUAAGUAGCUUUUAAUUUGGCAAAAAUGGCAAUACACUUGGAUAAAUGCUUUUGUAUUCAUGUACUUUUUAUGGAUAAUGUAAAAAAACAACUAAAAUCAAUAAUUUUCCGAUAUAGUCCUUAACUUUGAUAUCGGUAAUGCAUGCUCAUUUUUUCGUUCAAUCCAACCAUGUUCAAAUAAUUCAUGUAUAUUUUUCAAAUAGUUUUGAUUCAAAUAUUUCUGUUUUAUACUUAAGUGUGACUGGCAGCAUAUUGUAGAUUUGCUAAAUAUCUUACAGGGGUGAUAAAAACUCAUGAUUAAAUUUAGCCUAGUUUCUCAUAACAUCUUAAGACCCUAAUAAUUUAAUUAAGCUUAUCUCACUGUUACUGUAUUGGUUAAGUUUGUGUAAUGAUUACAUUAUUAAGACGUUUUUGAUUUAAAACGGAUGUUAUGUUAAUGAUAGUUACUAUAAACACAUUUUGAUAUAGUAAACUCAAGAUUAAGGAAGGAAUUCGACUUAAUGAAAUAAGCUACUUAAGUUUGCAACGUUUAAGAACUUUCGAGAAAUUGGGGCAAGCAUUCAAGAUUUCAGACCUUCGAACAGUUGUAAUGUGUAUUUAGAUUAUGGUUAAAACGUUAAAACGUACGUUUGAAAUUGAUAUAAAUGACUUUAUAACGUUUUUCUUUUCAGCAUAAUAAGUACGUCUAUGUAUCCUUUAAUUUAACGUAGAUCAUGAAAAGUUUACACUGAGGUGAAAUAUACACAAUAAAUGACGGACUGACAGUUUGCAUUGUAGAAAGGUGAACCAUUGAUUUGCUUCCAGAAACAGUUUAAAACCCACUGAUUGUUUUCCAUUUCUCAAUUAUGUUUUGUUUGUUGUUAAAAGUUGUAUAGUAUAUCUACAUAAUCAUGUUUUAUCAAUAAAUUAGGUAUUGCAUUGA